CAACCGAAGAAGCGAUCGCUCACCGCAUCCGUCGCCGCAGGCCUCGCUCGCCCCCCCCCCCCCCCCCCCCCCCCCCCCCCCGGCCCAUGGAGUCGUGGCGGAGGCGGACGCUGCUCAAGGUCAUCGUCCUCGGCGACAGCGGGGUCGGCAAGACUUCAUUGAUGAACCAAUAUGUGAACAAGAAGUUUAGCCAGCAGUACAAGGCGACGAUCGGAGCUGAUUUCCUCACCAAGGAGGUGCUCAUUGAAGAUAAGCUUGUCACCUUGCAGAUAUGGGACACGGCAGGGCAGGAGAGGUUCCAGAGCCUUGGCGUAGCGUUCUACAGGGGCGCAGACUGCUGCGUGCUGGUUUAUGAUGUCAAUGUCAAGAGAAGCUUCAAUACACUCAAUACCUGGCAUGAUGAGUUCCUCAAUCAAGCAAGCCCAUCAGAUCCUAAACAUUUCCCGUUCAUUUUGGUUGGGAACAAGAUUGAUUUAGAUGGCGGAAACAAAAGAAUGGUUUCUGAGAAGAAAGCAAGGGAAUGGUGUGCCUCCAAGGGCGAUAUCCCGUAUUUUGAAACCUCUGCAAAAGAGGACCACAAUGUUGAUACCGCUUUUCUAUGCGUUGCCAAGCUCGCUUUGGCACAUGAUCAUGACCAAGACAUUUACUUCAAGACAGUUGCAGAACAAGUCCCGGAUACUCAACAGACAACCGGAUGUGCUUGCUAGAGGUAGCCAUUUCUUGGCACUACCAGGCAGUUACUGUAUACAAUAAACUCACAAUACCCAGCAGCUGUAAUCUGUUUAACAAGCUUAUGUAGCCGUCCUUAAUUGUAAUUACAGCGUUAGUGGCUGUACUAUUGGUCUGAUACGUAGAGUACAAAUGGGGGGUGUUUGCAAGUUUUGUCUGCUUGCGUCUGCCCUCCAAUAGGACAAUAAAAACCACACCCUUGCAGAAGAUCCUUCCGGCAAAAGACACGUGUACCAGUCAAACUCUUCAGUUGUACUUAGUAAGUCGUAACAUGCAGAUACCAUGUAUUUGCUGCAGAUACAUGUAAACUGUUGCUCCCUCCGUUUUAAAUUAUAGGUGGUUUGACUUUUUUGACUUCAA